AUGCACAUCCUGCUCGUCCUCACACAGCUCCAUCUCUUUUGGAGCAUCGAAGAGGAGCUGUGGGCCGGAAAUCCCAUGCACACUCUUGCUCAAUGUGCUCAACACGAGUGCGUAUGUGCUCGCUCAAUUCCUUGCCAAAGUGCACAUUUUUUGUGCAGCCAAGAGAGAUAGAAAAGAAGAAGAUGUGAAGCGUAAGCAGAAAAGGGCAAUCUGAUGCUCUCUAGUGAAUCAUCAGACUAAGCCUCCUAGUCCUUGUAAGAAAAGAGGAGAGAAGGGCCGAGGAGGAAGAUGUUGCGUGCGGACGAGAAGUAGUUUGUCACAGAUUGCGAAACCAGCGCAUGCUCAAGCCGAAACGCGUUUGGCUUUUUCCGAAAGUCGCUGAUCAUAAAACAUUAGAGUUACAAACAAACAUUUGCCUCCUCAUGCAAAAGUGCAUUUGCACUAUUUUCCAGAAAGCCGAUAGAGGUCACGUCGGCACAUACGAAAGAGAAAACUAAAAAAAGAAGAAGGAGAGAAAAAGAAGAGGGCGGCACACGACAUGCCAUUGCUCGAGCUUUAGCCUAGGAGUCUGAGCAAGAGAACAUCGAAAGCGGAGGGAUUAAUCGAAACGAAAUUGAGGGGGCUAGAUACAGUACAAGGAACGGAAGGCUAAUUUCAGAUAUUUGGACAUUAUUUCACAACCGCACGACACGAGACAUCUGAUUUCUUAACCAGUACUUGCAGAUCAAUCACACUACUAAAAACGAUUCGUUGCACUGUGCCUUACAAUUUCCGGAAAUGUCCUCUGCAAAAAAAAAACGGACAUCAUUGUUUGACACAGUGACACAGCGCAAAAGUACUCGUGUACUGUCUCCUUCUCUCGCUCUUUCGCUCUUUCGUUCCCUCACCUCCGAUGUUUCAACUUUCGAGGGGAGGCAGACGAGAGAAUGCAACUGGCAACCAGACUUGCAUAAUCCGAGCCAGGCCCGUCAAAGCCCGUCGUACGGAGGUAUCAUUUGAAAAAGUACAAGCUCCGAUGAAAAAAAAGAUUAUUCCAGAAUUCACACUUCUUGAAUUGUGUUCAUUAGAUGCUCAAAAGAAAUGGAUCGCAAUCCCAGACCACGAAUUGUACAAUCUUCAUUCAGUUAUUCGCUAUCCAUUUAUCACAACUGUCCCGCCUCCUCGUUGCCCUGUCCACGUGGCAAACUGUUCCCAGAAUGUCCCGAUCCGAAAUCGUAACCACCGGGAGCGUUGAGUGUAAUCGAAACGACCCGCCAACGCUUGUCUCCUGGAAAUUAUCAAUUUUGAAUACAUAAAUGCAUAAAUGACAAAAUCUACUCGUACUUACUCCGAUUCUUCAAUGACGGCCGUUUCUGCAACAAAGGUUUUACGGCGAGUAUGUCAAGUUCCAACCAAACUAACCGCUUUAUUAAGUUUUCAACAUGCGAGCCUGAAAGAUGUAGAAAAAGUUUAAUGGGGCUAUUCAGCGUAUGUUUGUUUUCCGUUUUUUUACACCGCUGAAUUGAGUUUUUUGACGUAAAAAAACGAAAAAAACGGAAAAAAAAUAAUUUUUUUCACAGCCUGAAUAACCCCAUAAACGAUUCGGCUAAAAAUUCAAUGCGAAUUUUGGAAAAUUAUUCAGCAGCAAAAGCAAGUGCUGCAAAUCUUGUUACGACGCUCCGUCCUUACACCGGUGCGUAAUUUAGCGGGGGAGCCGUGCUGCAGGUAUCAUUUAACAAAGUACAAGCUCCGAUGAGAAAAUAAAAGUUUAUUCCUAAAUUCCAGAAUCCACACUCUGUUCAUUUAAAAAGCACCUUCCUAUGUCGCACAUAUUGUUGCUUCGUUCCACUGCUUAGCCUAGCCUUCCAUCUCUACCUGCCAACCCGUUCCGGUGCCUAAUCCGGCCGGCUACUUCUUCUCAUCCGUUUCUUUUUUCUCUUUUCAGUGUUCAAACAAAUCGUCGUCCGCUUGCUUGUAGAAGCCUAGUAGACGAUGCAAGACGACGAAGAAGACACACACACACACACGUCAGUUUUCACCUGGCUGACCUCAAUUCGGACCGGCGGCAUCUCCCCUGAAAUGAUAACCAGACCGUAUGCGGGAUAUGAAAAAGGAAAAGGCGUAAAUGCGAUUCGCCUUGUCCGAUUUUGCUUUCAUCUCCUUUCGUUUCGUCGGUUCCUCCGUUUCUGUACUCUCUUCACACGUUUUCACUUUUGCGUGCCUUUCUCUCGCCUCCGCUACUACUAAUCAGUUUUUUUUCGUGUAUUAUCAAAAGACACAUUUUUCUCACCCUUUUCUUGAUAUUACGCAUUUGAAAUGUUGUUCCGCUUCUCUCAUUUUUGUUCCAAAAAAUGGCGAUAUAUAAAGAAUAGAAGCGACCACUUGUCUACCCCCUUACAGCAAACUGGUCAGACACCUGCCAACGCGCUUUCGGAUCCUGUCCGCCUGCCCGAUUAUGCAAUUGCGUUCUGAUCUCACUUUCCGUCGAAUGUCCAAACCUCGUUCUCUUUUCCUUCUUCUUCCUUUCUCUUCGACGUUAUCUGCUGCUUCCACUUUUGUUCCGAAAUAAACAUUUCAGAGGUGGUCUAGAACACAUUUUUCCAACUUUCACUUCACGACCGGGAAGUCUGGGUGAGUUUUUGUGACAAUAGGACAAACAGAAAACUCACAUUUCAGAUCAUGAAAACAUUAUGGCUUCUUUUGGCCUCAUUUUGUGUUGCAACCAACGCACAUGACGAUUUGUACAUACUUAUUGAUGAAGUCAGUCUCUAUAAUUGUCGAGGAGGUUCGUUUUAUAAGUUCUCUAUGGUAUACGGCUUCUAUAAAGUCCGAACUGUCUCAAAUCAUUGCCCCGAUGUUAUUCUAUCAUAAUAGAACGAUUUUCAGUGAAAAACGAGAUCACCGUUAACGAAGAGGACGUCCAAAUCGUCAACGAACGCGGAAAUCGGGUCUACUACAUCCGCGCGCCGGGCAAUUAUUCCCUGAAUUUCAAAAGCAUAAAAGUGAAACAAAAUUUCGGAUUUCUCUCCGGCGAAAUCGGCGUCACCCUUCAAGUACCCGUCCUAGAGGGUCCCGCUGGAAUCCGCUUCGAUCUUCCGUAUACAAUGGUUCCGGAGACAACGUUGCUCACUCAAAAGUGCGAUGAGUUCAGUGGAGUCAUCGAGCGAAAUGGACGAACCUACUGCCGAUAUUGUGAUCUUUGUCAAGUGUCGCAAGCGGUUGAGAAUGAGCUUGCCAGCGGAAGAGGUCAUCAGUUUCUUUCGCAGUCGGACACCGACACUCCCAUCUCAAAGUGUCAUAACAUUGAGGCGAACGAGUACGAAUUCCGGAGGACGAUUCAGUUGCCGAGCAGAUCCAGCUUGGAGAAUCUCAUCAAGAGCAAAGCCCAGGGCGUGGAUGAUGAGAUUAAGAAACGGCUUAACAAAGGGGUACUCUACACUGAAAAGUGAUGAAGAUUAACCAAAGUUUUUCAGCGCGGCCGCUUCCAAGUCUUCCUGAACCUUAUUACUUCCGACAAGCCACCGAUUUCUAGGAAUCGCUGGAUGGCCGGAUCGAAAGAUGUGAGUCUUAUACGAUAGACUUUACAAAACUACUCGCACUUCAUCAAAACCAUGUGAUCUUUUAGUGUGACUGCUGUUUCAAUCGGAAUGCACCUCAUUGCGACUCGCUUUCCUACUUGUACUGCAACAUGGAAGACUGCAAAACUGGAUGGGCUCUUCAAUGUCUUCACAACACGGCCAAAGUCGCUGCUUGUUACACUGUGGAGUUUAAUUAUCGGUGAGCAUAGUCUCCUGACAAAUUGGCUAAGAAAAUGGAUGUUCAGAAUGACGACCUCCUACGGAGACGUACUGGAAUUCCUUCGUGAGAACAACUACCCGAACCAAGAUAGCCGGUACACGCUCCCCGAUCAAGAUCCGGUCCCGACAACGCACCGUCCAGUAACUCCGUCGUUCGAGGCUCGUCAAGCAAAUCAGUUGCAAAUGUCUCAAACGUGCGUGGACGCAAUGCCCGCGCGAAUGACCCACUUGAGGAGAUAUUGUACAAUUUUCUGGAACGAAAAACUGUGUUGUGAGCACUGUCCGGACAUUUGUUAG